CCCUCGCAACCCCUCAUAUUCAAGAACAAGACCACGACCUUCUCUCAAAAUGUGCAUGAAAGUGAACUGCUCGAACUGCAACAAAGCCACCUGGUGGGGCUGCGGCGCGCAUAUCCCCUCCGUUCUGGACUCGGUUCCGGAGAGUGAGCGCUGCACUUGUGCGCCGAAGGUGGUGCGCGAUGGAAAAGAGUACCCGCCUAAGGCGGAGAAAUGACUAUCUUCGGGGUGUGUUGUUUGUUAAUUGAUUUGGAUGGAGUUGGUGACGACGUCAUGGGCAAUUGAUGGGGCUAAUCCAUGUUUAUCUCGGGGAUAGGACCGAUUGGUAGUGAGUGCUAGAUACGGAUUAUGAUUGAUACAGGAUUAUAUAUUUCUUUUGCUGUUCUGCAGUGUAGUGGUGGAAUUAGAUGGUUUGAUG